AUGAGUGCAGCAGCAGUGAGCGAGGUGACUCUCAACACCCACGAAAGUGGUAUUAAGCCCUUUUUCGACCAGAAAAUACAAGACACGGAGCUCAAGAUUAGAGCUAAAACCCAAAACCUAAGAAGGUUGGAAGCACAAAGAAAUGCACUAAAUGACAAAGUGCGGUUCAUCAAGGACGAACUGAGGCUGCUUCAGGAACCAGGCUCUUAUGUGGGCGAGGUUGUUAAGGUGGUAUCAGACAAGAAGGUUUUGGUCAAGAUCCAGCCGGAGGGGAAAUAUAUUGUGGACAUCGCGAAAGACAUUAAUGUCAAAGACCUCAAAGCAUCGCAGCGUGUGUGCCUGAAGAGUGACUCUUACGCGCUUCACAAAAUCCUAGAGAACAAGGUCGACCCUCUGGUCUCGCUUAUGAUGGUGGAGAAGGUGCCAGAUUCUACCUACGAUAUGGUGGGUGGCCUAACCAAGCAAAUUAAGGAAAUUAAAGAAGUUAUUGAGCUGCCUGUAAAACAUCCAGAGCUUUUCGAAAGUCUUGGAAUUGCACAACCAAAAGGUGUUAUUCUGUAUGGGCCGCCCGGCACUGGCAAAACGCUUUUGGCAAGGGCCGUAGCGCAUCACACAGACUGCAAAUUUAUCCGUGUGAGUGGUGCGGAGCUGGUGCAGAAGUACAUUGGUGAGGGAUCGCGUAUGGUGAGAGAGCUGUUUAUCAUGGCUCGCGAGCACGCACCUUCCAUCAUAUUCAUGGACGAAAUUGACUCUAUCGGUUCCAGCCGUGUGGAAGGUGGCUCUGGUGGUGGCGACUCUGAGGUUCAGCGUACCAUGUUGGAAUUGCUGAAUCAAUUAGACGGCUUCGAGACCUCUAAAGACAUUAAGAUUAUUAUGGCAACCAAUAGACUGGAUAUUUUGGAUCCUGCGCUUCUAAGACCGGGAAGAAUUGACCGUAAAAUCGAAUUUCCACCUCCAACAGUUGCGGCUAGGGCUGAAAUAUUGCGGAUCCACUCCAGAAAGAUGAAUUUGACCCGUGGUAUUAAUUUGCGCAAGAUCGCAGAGAAAAUGAACGGCUGUUCGGGAGCUGAUGUCAAAGGUGUGUGUACAGAAGCAGGUAUGUUUGCACUCCGGGAGAGGCGAAUUCACGUCACCCAAGAAGACUUCGAGCUCGCCGUCGGUAAGGUUAUGAAUAAGAAUGAUGAGACAGCCAUCUCAGUAGCAAAGCUAUUCAAGUAA